AUGGCCAUCUACGCAGAUAAUGCCCCGUCUUUGGCGGGCAGCACGAUAAUGUUAACGGUUUUGGCAUUAUUGACCUUUGGCUUGCGAGUGUACUGCAGAGUGACUCGCAAGUCAUGGGGAGUGGAAGAUUGGAUUAUGACAAUAGCAUUGAUUCCAUUUGCCGUAUUGGUAGCGGGAUGCGUUGGAGGAGCUUUCAAUGGAAUUGGCAUUCGCAAUUCGACAUUGGACCUCCCUGGAAACGAAAAGUACACGGCGGAGGGAAAGAAGUUCUUCCUGGUCUUCGAGGUUGGCUACUGCGCGGCCAUUAUUCCAAUCAAGCUUAGCAUCAGUUGGAUGUUGAUUCGAGUGGCAGGUGGCCGCAAGUUGUACCUCUACGUACAAUAUGUUGUCAUUGCCAUAUUCGUGGUUAUGAACAUUAUUGCUUUGAUCUUCAUUCUGAUCAACUGCAUCCCCGUGGAAGCUGCUUGGAGUGCUGAAGCUCUCGCGAAUGGCGGCCACUGCCAGCCAAGCUACGUCCUCGCCGAUGUGUACUAUGCGUGUACUGCUGUCAAUAUCCUUACUGAUUGGGUGACAGCUUUCCUGCCGGUACCUCUACUUUGGAACGUCCAAAUCAAUCGCAACACAAAAAUCUCGAUUAUUGCCUUGAUGGGCCUCGGUGUCUUUGCAUCGCUGUCAGCUUGUGUCCGGCUCAAGUACACUGUUGCUCUCACCAACCAAGAUGAUUAUCUCUACGCUGUCGCAGAUGUCGUUAUCUGGGGAUUCGCAGAGAACGGUAUUGGUAUGAUCGUCGGAAAUGUGGCAACCCUCCGCCCGCUAUUCCGCAUCCUGCGCGAUGGCAGGAGCUCCGCCUACAAGAACUACCAACAGACACCGGGGUCAAAGUUCAAGAGCUCCCACCGCAGUGAGGGGGCUAUCUUUUCCGGAAACUACGAGCUCAACGACCACGAGAAGAACCAGAUCACCACCACCUCUGUUGCAGACCACACAAGGCGUGGCGGCAGCCUGAGUGAUGGUGAUAGCCAGAAGGACAUCCUCGAGAAUGGUCAACGACCUGGCCAAGCCGAUAUUGUCGUCAGCCGACAGGUUGUUGUGGCCUAUGACUAG